AUGGAUAGGGACUCGUUAGGCGCAACACCGAGGGGUAUACCUCAAAAAAAGACGACGCAAAACCUCCCAAAACCGAACUGCAACAUCGGCAUAAACCUAGUGAUGUGUGUUUUGUGCUUAGUGAGUGUAUCAUCUUCAGUGUGGAGGGAGUUUGAUAUGAAAGGUAGACUUGCUGUGCUCGAAGAUAGGGUUGAGUAUUUGGAACUGAGAGGCGAUUCUUCGCCCGAGAAGGGUAUGGAGGGGUUGUUUGAGAGGUACAGGAGAGAGGCCGUGUACCAUCUGAAGAGGAGGGUGUUAAGAGAUGUACCGACUGACGGAAGGAGGAUAAGGGAUAUACCCGAAUGUGUUUGUCCUGCAGGUCCACCAGGUCCUCCUGGUACGCCAGGUACCGCUGGUAAAAGAGGCCGCAAAGGCAAAAAAGGCGAAUCGGGCGAAGCCGGACCACCUGGGGCAGCAGGAACACCGGGCAAAAAUGGCUUUCCGGGACCAAUUGGAUUAGAUGGACCCAAGGGCGAACCAGGUCGGCCCGGCGAGAAAGGUCAAAAAGGCCAAACCGGUUCUGCUGGUAUCGACAUGAUCCAAGCAGUUAAGGGGUUACAAGAAAGGGGGCAUAAUAUUUCUGGCGAAGUCUUGAUUACUCUUAAAGGAGAACCUGGAGAACCAGGCCCACCUGGACCACCCGGACCUCCUGGAUCUGAAGGUAUGCCUGGACACGACGGACGACAAGGAAUGGGCGGAGAACCAGGUCCAGCUGGAGAACGAGGAGAACCUGGUCCUAUGGGACCUCCAGGACCACCAGGAUUAGAUGGUCUCAUUGGACCAAAGGGGGACAGAGGUCACAUGGGUGUAAUGGGCGUUCCAGGAUAUCCAGGAUUGCCAGGACAUAUGGGUUUGCCUGGUAUACCAGGUAGAAAUGGAAGCAAAGGUGAACCUGGUCUUCGAGGCGACAAAGGUGAUAAGGGCGAACGAGGCCUAACGACAACUUUAACUGGCGACCAGUUCCCUACCGGUAUCAUCGAAGGACCGCCUGGACCUCCUGGACCACCAGGUGAAAAAGGAGAAUCGGGACCCAUCGGACCUCCUGGAGCCCCUGGAGAAAAGGGGGCAAGGGGAAAACGAGGCAAAAAGGGCCUAGAUGGAGAUACUCUUAAUAGGGGCUCCCCCGGACCCAGAGGUGAGAUGGGGCCUCCUGGUACAAAGGGGGAGAGAGGAUACAGGGGGUAUAUGGGUCUCCCAGGAACUAAAGGUGAUUCAGGCAUUAUGGGACAACCCGGCAUACCAGGAAAAGAUGGUGAGACAGGACUUCAAGGACCUCCAGGGCUACCGGGAUCUACCGGAGACAAAGGAGAUAAAGGUGAUUAUGGAGACAUUGGACCACCAGGUCUUAUGGGUCCACCUGGUCUUCCUGGCCCACCUGGUUAUCCCGGACAGAAAGGCGAAAAAGGAGAAAAAGGAGAUUCGAAGUACAAAAAGCUGCGAAGACGACAGGGUGACGGAACUGGGGACUUUUUUGCCGGCGAAAUGAUUAUGGGACCCCCUGGUCCACCAGGACCUCAAGGAACUCAUGGGCUACAGGGUCCUCCUGGAAUUAAAGGCGAUCGAGGAGCAGAUGGACUUAAAGGGGAACCAGGCGAAAAAGGUUCAAAAGGAGAUCCAGGACCAAUGGGCUUACCUGGUCCAAUGGGUUUGAGAGGAGAAAGCGGAAGAGCAGGUGACUAUGGAAAAUCAGGGCCGAUGGGUCCGCCUGGUUUAGAUGGAAUGAAAGGGGCACAAGGGGAACCAGGAAGUAAAGGAGAAAGAGGAGAUCCUGGACUUCCGGGUACUGACGGCAUUCCUGGGCAAGAGGGACCUAAAGGUGAUAAAGGUUACAAGGGUGACUCAGGUCCUCUUGGUAAAAGAGGACGUAAAGGAGACAAAGGUGACAAAGGAGACCAAGGCGUACCUGGUUUAGAUGCUCCGUGUCCAUUAGGAACCGACGGACUACCUUUACCGGGUUGUGGAUGGAGACCACCAAAAGAGCUACCCCGACCAGCCCCACCUCCUCCAAUACAACAAACAGAUUUCGAGGUGGAUGAUCCCGUUGACGAAGGAGAAGAUUACGAAGAAGUAGAGGGGGAAGAUUACGAUGACUACGCCGAAAUUAAUCAAGCGCUUCCUACUGACAUGUAA